AUGACCACGCUCUUAUCACAAAGCUCCUCGCCCACGACAUCCCCACCUGCUGCAGCUUCUCCCUCCGCCAACCCGAAUCACCCCUCACUACCGCCACUAAUAACAUCACCGCAUAGCCGACGAUCGACAGCACCGAGACCAAUGUCGCACGCUUCAAAGAACCGCUUGUCGCAGUACUCGACGGGCUCUGCCCCCUCGCGUUCGCGACCGCCUUCUCACAUAUUCCCAAUGUUCCCCUCGACUCUUUCCUACACCCUUGUGCGCGAUUUCGCAUAUCCCAUGAUGCACCCUAUGCACUAUGGCCCCCCUCCUGAACCGUCGCAUCCCGCAUCCGGUCUCAGUACGCCCGCCAGCGAGUCGCGCCGCCUCUCUGAUCCUCCCGCCACCUGGGAAACCAAAAUGAGUUGGGACAACGGAUCCUGGGGCCCCGAAGGCUUCGGCAAGGCCCACGAUCUGCCACCCAUGGAAUUUCGGGAUGGCCCACCUUGGAGCGAGGACGAAGACUUGGCGAGCCCUGUCGUUAGCUCUCGGCACCGAAAGCACAAGUCUUCUGCGGCAGCUUUUGGCGGAACUGGACGAGCGAGAAACUCCCGCGAUGCGGGCAACGACCUGCUGAACACGGCGCACUACGAGCGAGAGCGCGGCUUCUAUGUCGGGACCAGCGGCGAUGGCAGCGAGCGCUACUAUCUGAACCAGGGAGGUGAAGCGAACGGACCAGGCGGGGAAUAUGUCACCUACCCGCCCGACGACGCGAGGCAUUCCAGCCAUGCAUACCAGUUGGGCAGCCUUCCUCCUCGACAGUAUGUGGAACAUGAGGCGUACUCGGACGCCUCGAGCUCCGCAUCGUCGCCGGGUUUUCGCCCCGACGACCAAUCGAGGUACUCGCGGGACUACCAGUUUACCAUUACGUCGCCCGACGAGGAGAUGCACGGCAAGGCCGUUGCUCUUUUUGACUUUGAGAGGGAAAACGAGAACGAAUUGCCGUUGGUGGAGGGCCAGAUCAUAUGGGUCUCGUAUCGACAUGGCCAAGGCUGGCUUGUAGCCGAAGACCCUAAGACGCAGGAAAGCGGACUGGUCCCCGAAGAAUACGUGCGCCUGCUCCGCGAUAUCGAGGGUGGAAUGAACAGCCUCACCGGGAACCUGGGCGAGGGAUCGACGUCUCCCAACGACGUUGGAACGCCGACCCAGGCGGAACAUCAACCCCACGGCCACACUCCAACGGGCAGCCAGUCUUCAUCCAACGGUUACCACCAGCCUGUUGUAUCAACGUUUUCUACUUCCAGCAAAGACCUGGACCCAUACCCGACGCAGCAAUUGGGCAUUCAGGCAGGACAGCCCCCGCCCCAAGUCGUCCAUUAUCAUGGCCAGAGAGGCGGUAGCCAGGCCAACACGCCUACUCUGGCGUCGCACCACGAGGUCGGCAUGAUGCGUCGAGGUAGCCAGGACACGACUGCGAAAAAGACAGACUCCCAGAUCAGCCCCUUGACGGAGGCAAUUACAGAGGGCAGCUUGGUGGACCGGUCAAGCACGCCCAAGGCGCAGACUCCCGGCGAGAAGCCCGCAGACGCUGACGCUGACGCCGACGCCAUGGACAUGGGCCGGUGA